ACCUAAUUGAUACGGCAGACGAACUUGUAAACAUUGAUGAAAAGGUUGACAAGUACCGAUUUUUUCUUAUUUUGUUAUUUCAUUUUAAUUAAAAACAUAUACACAACGAAGAAAAUAAACAAACUUACCAGUAUUCCAUUCAUUUUCACCCAGAAAAUAGUAUUCCAAUGAAAAACGAAAGUAGGUCAGCUUGUUGACAAUGUAAACAUCGGCUAGGUGGCGCACAACUAAAUACAGCGAAACAAAAUGAUGCUGCGAGAUAAGUGUUGUUGAGUAAAGGAAAUUGUAACAUACCUUAGGAAACGAGUUUAAAAAUAUAGAGGACAACAAAUCAAGAAGAAAAUGGUGUUGUUGAUUAAAUACAACUUUGUAUUAUUAAUUCUUAUUUGUAACGGAUUUCAAACAACUGGUGGUGGGGACAGCAGCGAUGACUCAAGUUCCAGUUCAGACUCUGAGGAAGAGGCUAAACCCAAACCUGGUUGGUGGCAACCCUACCAGUGUGAUCGGUUCCCGUGCCAGAAUGGAGCCAUAUGCCAGAAUCUACCUGGAACAUUCAAGUGUAUAUGUGCUGAGGGUUGGGAGGGAACCAACUGUCAAAUUGACAUCAACGAAUGCAGACUGUUCGCCCCUUGCCUCCAUAAUGGCAUCUGCUACAAUGGAGCAGGCACAUACUCCUGCCAGUGUGCUCGAGGCUGGUCUGGAAAGAACUGUGAAAUCGACGUGAACGAGUGUCUGCAGCAGCCUUGCCAGAAUGAUGCUACUUGUCUGAACACAAAGGGCUCCUACACGUGUCAGUGUGUCCGUGGAUGGACCGGACCCACCUGCGCCAUGGACAUCAACGAGUGCAUGGGCGUGCGCUGCGAGAAUGGGGGCACCUGCUUCAACACACCAGGCUCGUACAAGUGUAUUUGUACCCCUGGGUGGACUGGAAAACUAUGCAACAUUGAUAUUGAUGAAUGCCUGACAGUGACAUGCUUGAACGGUGGCACUUGUAUACAUGAGAUUGGCAAAUACAGGUGUGAGUGUGCACCUGGUUACAAGGGAGACACAUGUGCCUUUGAUAUCAACGAGUGCCUCCAGAACCCGUGUCUCAACAAGGGCACCUGCUCUAACACUGAGGGCUCGUAUAAGUGUUCAUGUCCCAAGGGAUGGAGAGGCGCUAACUGUGAAUAUGACAAUAAUGAAUGUGAGAUGAGCCCUUGUCUGAAUGGCGCGGUGUGCAUCAACAAUGCAGGAUCAUACCAGUGCCAGUGUCCAGCGGGAUACACCGGCCUCAACUGCGAUAUUGACAUUAAUGAAUGCCUCACAAAUAACCCGUGUCUAUUUGGUGGAACUUGCACCAAUACUGUGGGAUCAUACACCUGCCAGUGUAUCGAAGGUAGAACUGGGGCCAACUGUGAGAAAGACAUGAUAACAUUACCACCAACAACACCUGCACCUACAACUACACCUGCACCUAAAACAUCAAUGGCAACAUCAACAACAGUAACAACAACAACAGCAGCAACAACAACAACAGAAAAAUCCACAUCUCUUGCAUCAUCACAAGCAAUAUCUUCAGAAGCCACCACUGUACCAAUUGUUGGUGUUAAAGCCAAUGAAGGGGAGUACUCUGCUCUACAUUCUGAUGACUUCACAGUGGACAAUAGCUCAUUGAUUCAAGCCCCUGGACAGGGUGGGGAGGUUGGCAGACAUGUUACGUCCAGUGAACACAGUGGCAUCUCUACAGCCCCUGGACAGGGUGGGGAGGUUGUCAGACAAGUGACGUUCAGUGAACACAGUGGCAUCUCUACAGGCAGCCUGGUGGGGAUUGUUGUUUCGUUAAUCAUCGUGUUCCUUGCUUGUCUGGCAGUGGGAAUACUCUUCUGCCGAAGACGCAGGGCCAAGUUUACAGAAGUUUACAGCGUUGGCUUCAAUAACAUCCUCUACUCUGCUGCUCCUCAGUCAGACACACGGGUCAAGGACACGAACCUCGCUCUGGCAUUGAGCCAACAAGAGGAGGACAGCAUGGUGGAUCACAGGUAUGCAGACAUUGAUGAUCUUGCUGCAGAAGGGGGCGUGGUCUACUUUGAUAUGGGCGGAGCUAAAUCAGUUGACCUGCCCACCUGUAAGGAGAUUGACAAGGAGGCGGAGUUAGGGCAGGAAGUUGAAGCCAAUCAUCUCUAUGAUCACUUAGAGGGGGAGAAAUCUGCUGGAGUACCGCUACCUGUCCCUUCUAGGAAUGGGAACUUGACGGCUUUUGCUCCAGAAUUCUUGCAGAAAGAUACGGACGUUUUGCAGGCUUAUUCUAACAACUUGAAUGGUUACAGGAAUUUUUAGCUCGGCUGUAUUCGGAGAAAACCCGAGGUAUUGUCAUAGGAAGCUUGUCGUCCAACGUCCGCGCCGUGCUGAAACCUUAACAUUUUGUUAAGGUUUUUAGCAUUGGCUCUAAAAUCAAAGUGCUUCCACCUACAACCUUGAAACUUUUUAUGCACCUGCACCUUGAUGAGUUCUACAUGUCACACCCAUUUUUGGGUCACUAGGUCAAAGGUCAAGGUCACUGUGACCACUUUAAAAAAUAAUAAUCUGACAAACAUUUAUUUAUUUAAAACUGCACCCGCAGCCGAGCGUGGCACCCGUUAUGCGGUGCUCUUGUUAUGGUAAAUUCUUGUAAGCUGUUUGUCCACAUUAACCGAACUUGAUCAGUCAACUGCAUUGGAUGCGUGCUUAUGUACCAACGCACGGUGUGUAUGGAUGAUUCUCCAUGAUGGUGCUUUUCUAAAAGGCUGUUCAUUUAUGCUUUGGAUAAUUAUGUGAGAGAAAUGCUUCCAAUUGUUGACCUAUUCCUGCUUGAAUUAUUUUGAUUAAAAAUGUGUUUGUUUACAAGUAACUGCUUAAAUUACAUUGUUUAGUUUUGAAUAUUUUUGUUAAGUUUCUAAUUUUUAUGCUCCCCCAAAAUUUUUUUUGGGGGGAGCAUAUAGUUGCCGCUUCAUCUGUCUGUGCGUGUGUCCGUCCGUCCGUGCACAAUUUUUGUCCGGGUUAUUUCUCAGCAUUAAUGACCGGAAUUCAAUUAAACUUUAUGGGAAGCUUCACUACCAAGAGGAGAUGUGCAUAUUAUCAGCCGGUUCUGGUCGGAUGAUUUUUCACAGAGUUAUGGCCCUUUGAAAUUUUCCAUUAACUGUACAUAUAGUGCAAUUCUUGUCCGGGCUAUUUUUCCCCAACUACUGACUGGAAUACAAUGAAGCUUUAUGGGAAGCUUAACUACCUUGAGGAGAUGCGCAUGUUAUUUGUGGGUUCUGGUUAGAUGAUAUAUUUAGAGUUAUGGCCCUUUGAAGUUACUUAACCAUCCAUCGUAUUAUUUUGUCCAAAGUUGUGCCCCUCAAAACUUUCCUUUUAUCUGAAUAUAUAGUGCAAUAUUGUGACAAAAAACCUUUGGGGAGCAUCACCCGUCUCCGACAGUUUCUUGUUAAUAUUUAAUUUGAUGUUUUUCAAAAAAAAAUCUAUUGGAUGUAACACAUUUGUGACAUAUUUGUAACAAGAGAAUGUAUGUUCAGAAUAAUUCUGUUGUUGCUGUUGAUCUUAGUCUUUGAUAAACAUCUUGUGAUCUCAAUUGUUUUAAUAUCAAUGCUGCUGCUACAGAUGAUGAUAAUGAUUAAAAAGAAGAUUAUGAUGAUUAUCAAAAAGAUGUUGCUACUGCCUCUGAUUAUGAUAAUUGAUAUAUUUGUAAAUGAGAUAAUUAUAACUACAAACCAUAAUUUUAUGUUUAUUCAAAGUCAAGUAUAGAAAGUUUUUAUGAAGGAAAAAAUAAUAUAAUGUGAUAGUAUAUGUUGGUGUGUUUUGUCAUUGAUUGAGCUAGCCUUUUCUUUACUCAGUCACAGGGAGCUUUGCUUGAGGUUUGUUCUUUGACAUUAAAAAGGUAAGCAAAUAGGCAACGUUUUGGUAAAGUCUCUAUAAUCACAAUGUGGGGUUAUGUUCACAGUUCUUUAACUUGCAUGACAAGCAAUAAAUACUUGUGCCAUAAAUAUAGUGGCAAAAGUGUUGGUGAUUCUUCAUUAUUGAAAAUAUAUACUUUUUAUACGCCCAUUGAAAACCCUAUUACUCUCUGCGAGUGGCGGGCCUGCGGGCAGGUGGCGUCGACAGCAGUGUCCGCUCUCUAAAUCAAAUAAUUUUCAUCCGAUCGUCACCAAACUUGGUCUGAAGUUGUUUCUAGACAAUAUCUAGGUCAAGUUUGAAUAUGGGUCAUGCCGGGUCAAAAACUAGGUCACGGGGUCUCUUAGUGCAUUUCAAAAAUUUAGCAUUGUGCCCGCUCUCUAAUUGAAGUAGUUUUCAGAUCUUCACCAAAUUUGGUCAGAAGUUGUGUCUAAAUGAUAUCUAGAUCAAGUUUAAAUAAGGGUCAUGCUGUUUGAAAAACUAGGCCACAAUGUCACUUAGUGCAUAUUAAGCAUUUAGCAUGGUGUCAGCUCUCUAAUCGAAGUAGUUUUCAUCAGAUCUUCACCAAAUUUGGUCAGAAGUUGUGUCUAGAUGAUAUCUAGGUCAAGUUUAAAUAUGGGUCAUGCUGGGUCAGAAACUAGGUCACGAGGUCACUAAGUGCAUUUCAAGCAUUAAGCAUGGUAUCCGCUCUCUAAUUCAAAUAGUUUUCAUCCGAUCUUCACCAAACUUGGUCAGAAGUUGUAUCUAGACAAUAUUUAGGUCAAGUUGGAAUAUGGUCAUGUUGGGUCAAAAACUAGGUCAUGAGGUCACUUAGUGCAUUUCAAGGAGUUAGCAUGGUGUCUGCUCUCUAAUUGAAGUAGUUUUCAUCCGAUCUUUACAAAUUUUGUCAGAAGUUGUGUCAUAAUGAUAUCUAGGUCAAGUUCAAAUAUCGGUCAUCAUCCGGGUCAGAAAAUAGGUAAUGGGGUCACUUAUUGCAUUUCAAGGAUUUUGCAUGGUGUCCCCUCUCUAAUUGAAGUAGUUUUCAUCCGUUCUUCACCAAAUUCGGUCAGAAGUUGUCUCUUAAUGAUAUUUAGGUCAAGUUCAAAUAUGGAUCAUGCUGGGUCAAAAACUAGGUCACGCGGUCACUUAGCAUUUCAAGCAUUUAGCAUGGUGUCCGCUCUCUAAUUGAAGUAGUUUUCAUCCGAUCUUCACUAACUUUGGUCAGAAGAUGGGUCUAGAUGAUAUCUAGGUGAAGUUCAAAUAUGGGUCAUUCCGGGUCAAAAAAUAGGUCAUAGGGUCACUAAGUGCGUUUAAAACAAUCACCAUUGUUUCUUUUACCCUAGUCCAUUAGUUGUAAUAUCAUGCUUCACUUGUCUCGCCGAUUUUUAUGCUUUCCACGAUUUUGAGGAAAUUGACAGUCGGCAUCUUAUUUAUGUAAAAUAAAUGUUAUUUACAUACAUAGUUAUGUAGUUGUUGCUUAGUUUUCAAAAAUAUAUCACUUUGCCUCUCAAAUGGUUAGUUAUGACCUAAAAAUAUAUCAUUUUGCCACUCAAAUGGUAAAGUUAUGUGAUGCUUAAUUUUCAAAAAUAUAUCAUUUUGCCACUCAAAUGGUUAUCAAGUUGUCCAAAACCUUCAAACAGGCGUAUCUUGUGACAGUUUGGCACUCUUGUUUAUUUUUCACGUUGCAUUUACAAUUGGUUUGUUUCUAAAAUAAGGAUUGUAAUUGUCAACCUUACAUGUAUGUUUUAAAUGAUGUUUACCUAUGCAGUGUUUUUUAAAGGAAUACUUUGUUUCCCAUUUUGUUCGGUACAUCAACUUAUAUUGUUUGUUUUUUGUACAUGUCUUAUUAAAUUAUAAUUACAUAUGGCUAACACUACAAUCAAAUUGUCUUAAUGUUAUUAAAAAAAGUGAGGAUUGAUGAGCGUUUGUGAUCACCUGUUGUCUGUGGUCAACAUUUACCUUCGGUAAAAAAACAUGGCCGCAAGGGGGGGGGGGGGGGCUUUUUCCUUAUAUUUAUAUAGUAAAAAAGUUUGUGAACACUCUAGAAGUCACAUUUUUGCCUUAUCAUCAUGUAAUUUGGUCAAAACAUUGGUUAUGUGGAUAUAUCGGACGAGUUUGAAAAUGGUCGUGAUCAGUGGAAAAACAUGGCCGCUAUAGGGUGGGGCAGUUUUCUCUAUAUGUAUAUAGUGAAAACAUGUGAACAGUCUAGAAGACACAUUUUUUUGUCCAAUCUUCAUGAAAUUUGGUCAGAACAUUAUGUUUCCUGAAUACGACAGUUGAGUUCGAAAAUGGUUCGGAUCGGUAAAAAAAUAUGGCCGCCAGGGGGGUCUUUUUCCUUAUAUUUAUAUAGUAAAAAAGCUUGUGAACACUCUAGAAGUCACAUUUUUUUCCUAGUCAUCAUAAAAUUUGGUCAAAAUAUUGGUUAUGUGGAUAUCUCUAACCAGUUUGAAAAUGGUCGUCAUCAGUGGAAAAACAUGGCCGCCAUGGGGUGGGGCAGUUUUCUCUAUAUGUAUUUAGUAAAAGCAUGUGAACAGUUUAGAAGACACAUUUUUCGCCCAUGCAAUCUUUAUGAAAUGUGGUCAGAACAUUUGUUUUGGAUACGACGUUUGAAUUCGAAAUUGGUUCGGAUCGGUAAAAAAAACAUGCCCACCAGGAGGGGGGAUCUUUUUCCUUAUAUUUACACAUGUAUAUCGUAAAAAAAACUUGUGAACACUGUAGAAGUCAGAUUUGUUUGUCCAAUCAUCAUGAAACUUAGUCAAAACAUUGGUUUUAUGGAUAUCUUGGUUGAGUUUGAAAAUAGUCGUGAUCAGUGAAAAAAACAUGACCGCCAGGGGGUGGGGCAGUUUUCUCUAUAUGUAUAUAGUGAAAACAUGUGAACAAUCUAGAAGACACAUUUUUUGCCCAAUCUUCAUGACAUUUGAUUAAAACAUUUUUUUACCUGGAUAGGAUGGUUUAGUUCAAAUAUGUUUUUCAUCCAUCUUGUAACAUUACCGCCAGGGGAGGGGGGGGGGGGUGUUCCUAAUUUGAAUAUACUAAAAGCUUGUGAACACUCUAAAAGUCACAUGUUUGGGGUAAUCAUCAUGAAACUUGGUCAAAACAUUGAUAUGUUGCAUGAGUUUGAAAAUGGUCAAGAUCAGUGGAAAAACAUGACCGCCAUGGGAUGGGGCAUUUUUUUCUAUAUGUAUGUAAGAAACAUUUUCCUUAUAUAUAUAUAUUUAAAAAAAUCUGGGUAUUAAAACAUGGCAGCCAGGAUGGGUGGGGUAAUUUUUUAUAUAGGCCUAUUGUUAUUAAUUUGGAACACCUUAUUUUUAAAGUCAGUCUUGUCAUACUAAUAAUUUGAAAUAUUUGCUGAAGAGUUUUAAUCUUUGUUUUUUUCCAUCUUAGUCUCUCAGGUGAGCAACCCAGGGCCCUUUGGGGCCUCUUGUUUCUGUGUAUAUAUCUAUGUUAUAUAAAGUUGAUCUUCAUGUAACUUGAAGACACAUUUGAAUGAGAUUUUGUGCCUUUUUUUUUGCCCAUCAUAUGUAUCCUUUGUUUUUCUAGAUUGUUUGUAAAGGCUGUUCAUUUCGUAUAGCAUGUGGCCUAUGGAAACUUUUAUAACCAAAUAAUCAGCCAGAAUUUAAUAUUGUGUUGAUAUGUAUUUGUUUACAUUUGUAGUUUGUAAUCAAAAUAUAAUGAUUUAAUUUUAUUUCACUGUGACAUAUUUUAAAUUAACUUUGUAUAAAAGUAUAUUUUAUUUUUGGAUAAUAUAUAAAUAAUUGUAAGAUUAUUUCAUAAACAACAACAUAUAUCUUUACUAUGUUGUAUAUAUUAUCAAAUAUAGCCCUAUACCAAACUUAAGAAUGCGUGAACAACUCUUGUGUAAGUCUUCCUUGUUUCAGUAAUUCAAUAUAAGUUUAUAUUUUUGAAUUUUUUGAAUGUACAAUGUUACCAAGUUAAGGGGUUGUACUGGAAUCAGCAUUGUUGUCUGCCUGUUUGUCUGUCUGUCUUUCAGUUUGUCUCUCUGUCUGCAGACUCAAAGAUACCUGGCGGGAAUUCUCUCGGACUUUUCAACAUGCAACUUUCAGACUUGUAGGGAUUGUUCCUUAUAAUUUGAAGUUGUGUGUGCAUAAUCCUUAUCUUCUUACAUUAGAAUUUUCCCAAAAAUAUUCAGCUUUUCAACUGACAAUUCAUGUCAUAUUCGAAUUAUUACUGUAGACUUAUAGCAAAAAUAUACUUCUCUGAAACUACAACAUUCAGAUGUAUCUAUGUUUUGGUAUGAAACAUUUUAUAAUUGCCAUAUACUUAAUUCCUCCUGUUGUAUUUAUCCAUUCAUCAUAAUGUAAUUAUGUCGCAUUCUGAACUGUACCAUUUACAUAAUUUGUACAAUUUUUAUGUAGGACUGGUUAUUGCUUAUUAAAUCUAUAGCUUGUC